UAGUUCUACAGUUACGAUUCCCACUAACUAAUGUGCCAAGGAAUAAAUUGUGCUGUUUUAUUUACAGAUGUGAUAUGGAACUGAAAAUAUCUGAGCCAAGCAGAUUUCGAAAGGCAGAAAAUAAAAUGACCUCUUUUAAUAUUUUCACCCCCUUUAGAUAUGGAUUCAUGUAUGAAAUGCAAAGAGGACUUCUAUCCAAACAAAGCAAGAAAGAAGUGUAUCCCAAAGCACAUCGUUUUUCUAUCCUAUGCGGAACCUUUGGGAAUAGUUUCAGCUUCCAUUGCUCUCUAUUUCUCUUUCCUUUCUGCCCUGGUACUAGGAAUCUUUAUUAAGUACAAGGAUUCUCCCACCGUCAAAGCCAACAACCGGCAUCUCAGCUAUAUCCUCCUCUCUUCCCUCAUACUCUGUUUCCUCUGUUCCUUGCUUUUCAUCGGUCGACCAAGAAAAAUAACCUGCAUUCUUCGGCAGACAGCUUUUGGGAUCAGUUUCUCUGUCUCUCUUGCUACAAUCUUGGCCAAAACCAUCACCGUGGUUCUGGCCUUCAAGGCCACAAAGCCAGGCAGUGGUGCACGGAAAUGUCUGAGACCUAGACUUUCAUACUUCUUUGUGAUGGUCUGUUCUCUCAUUCAGGCUGUGAUUUGCAUGGUCUGGUUGGGAACCUCCCCUCCAUUCCCAGAUGCUGAUUUCUACUCAGAGCCUGGACACAUCAUUCUGGAGUGCAAUGAGGGCUCACCCAUUGCCUUCUAUUCCAUUCUGGGCUACAUGGGUCUCUUGUCUUUGGUGAGCUUCAUUGUGGCUUUCUUUGCCAGGAAGCUGCCCGACGUCUUCAAUGAAGCCAAGUUCAUCACUUUCAGCAUGUUGGUUUUCUGUGUGGUCUGGAUAUCCUUCAUUCCAGCCUACCUCAGUACCAAAGGGAAAUAUAUUAUGGCUGUGGAGAUUUUCUCUAUUUUGGCAUCCAGUGCUGGGUUACUUGGCUGUAUCUUUUUACCUAAGUGUUAUGUCCUUCUACUGCAUCCAGAUAAGAACCAAAAAGUGCACAUAACCAGAAAAUAUUUCGACAGAUAAUAAAGAGAAAUGGAUCUGAAACAUUCUGAUUUAUUAGUGAAGUUCAUGGGGGGAGGGGUGUUAGAAUCAAUAGUCUAAAGGGUUACAUAUUGUGAACAUGAUGCACUUUGCACACCGCUGCUUCAGAUUCCACAUGGGAAUGGGCUUGGAUGGUGUAGUGUAUAAUUUCAUAUUCUUGUCCAGUUUUGUCUUUCAAGAACAGCCUUAAAACAAUGUGGUAAGUAAAUGAAAACUGCUUUACUUCAGCAAAACAUAAAGAACAGCACACUCAGUGGUAUAAUGCAAAAGAAAGCAAGGAAGUCUUAGGGCAAUACAGUUCUUAAGUCUCUGAUAAGUUCCCAAAUCAAGUAGCAGUCUUACUUCAGUCAAAGAAACAGCAAUAAAUCCUUAGGAGCAGCAGUUUCCCAGAUGCAGACUUGAAGCAGGCACAAGGGGAGUGAAAGCUUAGGCAUUAGAGUCAGUUUGUUUCCAGCAAAAGCUGACUGCACCUGCUUUUGCUUUAUAGCCCUGAGUUCCCUCACAGCUGCUAGGGCGGUUCCCAAUUACUCAGCUGCAUUUCUGGCAGCUAUUCCAGCUGAAUGACAUCUCUGCUCUGUUUUCUUUCACCUCUCCUGAAAUGUGGGUACUUGCAAACUCUCCUUUUCAGAUUCCAACUGCCCCUCUGACUCAUGAACACUUUUCUGCUCCCCUU